AGAAAAAAAAUUAAUAGGUAAAUAAGAUGUGACCCAAGCUACUUAAUAUUGCUUAAUGAAAAUUGAUUGGAAAAUAAAAAAAAGUAAAUAUAUAAUUUUGUAUAUUAAGAGAGAUUAUUAUAAUGUGAAAGUAGGUAAAUAGUAAUUAUCUAAUGUAAUAAUAUUAUUAAGAAGUAGAAGAGAGAAAAAGCGGGAGCGAGAAAAGAAAAAAAAGAAGAAGAGAACACCGGCCUCUGCAAAACAAAAACAAGAGCACAGAGACGUUACGAGUUCGAAGAAGAAAGCUUCGACGAAGAAGGAGAAGGGGCUAAAAUGGGAAACCAGAAGCAAAAAUGGACGGCGGAGGAAGAAGAAGCGCUGUUAAACGGAGUAGCAAAACACGGCCCUGGCAAAUGGAAAAACAUUCUUAAAGAUCCUGAUUUUGCUCCUUUUCUUACUCAACGUUCUAAUAUUGACCUCAAGGACAAAUGGCGGAACUUGAGCGUUAGUAAUGCUGCACAAGGUUCUAAUCCUAAAACAAGAGGGGCCCCUAAACCUAAAAUCUUACCACUUCCUCCACCCUCUAACGCCAAUGCUCAAAUUACUGCUACUGCUGAUGCUCUUAUGGAUGACUGUUUAAACAAUGCAGCAGAUGGAAAAAAUGCCCCAAGGUACAACGCAAUGAUUUUUGAAGCUCUUUCAACCCUAAAAGAUAUAAAUGGAUGUGAUAUUAGUGCUAUUGUUCACUUCAUUGAGCAAAGGCAUGAAGUGCCACAAAAUUUUAGAAGGUUAUUAGGUUCAAGGUUGAGAAGGCUUGUGUCACAAGGAAAACUGGAAAAGGUCCAAAAUGGCUAUAGAAUCAGCAAAGAUGCUGCACUGGGAGCUAAGACACCAACGCCAAGACAAAAGGAUGUCAGGCCGCGACAGUCACAGAAUUCUGGAUUAACUUCUGGCGAGACUGUGGAAGAGGCAGCUAUUGCUGCUGCUUAUAAAGUUGCUGAAGCAGAAAAUAAAUCAUUUUUAGCAGCUGAAGCAGUUAAGGAGGCAGAAAGAGUAUCAAAGAUGGCAGAAGAUACCGACUCAAUGCUCCAGUUAGUGAAAGAUAUAUAUGAGCAAUGCUCACGAGGUGAAAUUGUUCUCCUGGCUUGAUUUAGGAAAAAUCAAAAUUCUUAGUAUUCAAAUCUUUAUGUAAAUUUUUUUCCAUGAGUGGCACUAACUUGUGUUGCAUUAGGAACCAUGCCAUCUUUCUUUUACCUUUUACUUUUUCUUUUUAGGUGAAAGAAACUACAUCUUCACAAGUGAAAUCUCUCGGCUUGAGCAGUUGAAUGUACAAUUAGGGAAAUCAAAAACAUUCUUAGUUUUCAAACUUGUAUGUAAAUUUCAUUGAAUCAAUGAAACAGUUUUGAGUUCCUUGCUUCUACUAAA